AUGUCAAUCCCUGCUACAGCUAUAGCACCACUAAAACUCUCGCGUCUCUUCACGCCCACCUACGCGUCGCUCAUCAAUUCCCAGCUCGUCUUCCCAGCCUUGUCUCUCGUCGUCAAGCCGAAUGAGCUGCACUCUGCGUUAGCUCGCCCACUGCAUGUGUUGAGAUAUGAACCUGAGAGAUCUGGCUAUUACCUGGGUGCGAGUCUGGCGUAUGGAAUCAUCAACGGGCAUCCGUUUAUGGACGGUAACAAACGCACUGCAUUCUUCCUCUACAAUGCAUACCUUCGAGCCCAGUCGCUGCCUGGUCUUACGGACCAAAUAGCCAUCGAUGACCACGAAAACCUCACGAAGCUGGCGGACAAGUUCAUCCAGGCCACGUGCGGAAAAUUGGACGUCGAAGGACUGGCAGCAGACGAUUCGAGGUCAGUAGAUUCAUUAAAUAUUAAGGACUGCCUCGCAGUUUCGCAGCUACUCGCUAGUCACUGA